AUGGAUUCUUCCAAGUUUGAUUAUGGUGAAAACUUUGGCAGAAUUCAGGGAAUUCUAAUAUAUAAAGACUUUCUAAAAUAUUGGGAUGAUGUGGAGACAUUCCAAGCAAGGCCAGAUGACCUUGUCAUUGCUACGUAUCCCAAAUCCGGUACAACUUGGAUUAGUGAAAUUGUAGACAUGAUCUAUAAAGAGGGUGAUGUGGAAAAGUGCAAAGAUGCCAUUUUUAAUCGAGUACCUUACCUGGAAUGCAGAAAAGAUGAUAUGCUAAAUGGAGUAAAACAAUUAAAUCAGAUGGCAUCUCCUAGGAUAGUGAAGACUCAUUUGUUACCUGAACUUCUUCCAGUAUCAUUUUGGGAAAAGAACUGUAAGAUGAUCUAUAUUUGCCGGAAUGCCAAGGAUGUGGCUGUCUCUUAUUAUUACUUCUUUCUAAUGGUACCCGUUCAUCCAAAUCCUGGAACUUUUUCAGAAUUUGUGGAGAAAUUUAUGGAAGGCCAUGUUCCUUAUGGUUCCUGGUAUAAACAUACACAAUCUUGGUGGGAAAAGAGAAAUAAUUCACAAUUGCUUUUUCUCUUCUAUGAAGACAUGAAAGAGGAUGUUAGAAAAGAGGUGAUAAAAUUGAUAAAAUUUCUUGGAAAGACACCAUCAGAGACACUGGUGGACAAGAUUAUACAACAUACAACAUUCCAGGAGAUGAAGAAGAACCCAUUUACUAAUUACACAUUACUACCAGGAGAAUUAUUCAAUCAAAAAGUGCAUUCCUUCAUGAGAAAGGGGAUUUCGGGAGACUGGAAGAAUCACUUUACAGUAGCCCUAAAUGAGAAGUUUGAUGUGCACUAUGAACAGCAAAUGAAGGGGUCUACAUUGAAAUUAAGAACUGAGAUCUAA